CCAUUGGAAUCAUCCCCACAGUCCCUGAGCUGUGUCCCAUCCGUCUCCUUUUCCAGGGUGUCCAUGAUUGACCCCAGCCCUUCCUUUGGGCUGUUGGUGCUGCCAAACCUUUCCUCCUGAGGUUCCUCUGGGAAUAUUUCCUUAGGAGCUGCCCUGUUUCGUCUGGAGGCUUUGUGGUUCUGCUCCUUUGAGCUUCCUCAUCCCACAAAAUCCGGCUUGGGGUCAUUCCCUGCUGCCUUGGGGUAUCUCCAUCCGUGGUGCUGCCGUGGCUUGAGGGAGAUGAGGGAGGAAUUCCCUAAUUUGGGAUGGGAGAGGGGAAUUCUGGUGGUGAGAAUCGGCUGUGAUGUCAUUGUAGGUCCCAGGAUGAAUCCCAGAGAACAGGACCUGCAGUGGGAGAGCAGCCCUUGGAGACCCAGAAUGGAAUUGGGGUAGGAAAACUGGGGAGAGUGUCCCACCUUGGACCUAAUCCUGCAUCUCCUCCGUUCGCUCGGGAUUUGGGAUAACCUCUCUCCUUUCCCAACAUCCCUUCCCUUAUUCCUGCAUCCCACAGGUCCCAGGUGAAAGUGUUGCUGCAUCCCCCUCUGGAGAUCCUCUGGAGAGGGAUGUGGGGCUCACAGCUGUGAGGGAGAGGGAGGAGAAGGUGCUGGAUCCCCCCAUCCCACAGCAGGAAGAGGAUUCCCGAGCCCCAAAAAGAAAAAGAGGGAAGAAACAAGAGGAAAAUAAGCAGGAAAAGGGAUUGAAGAGGAAAAGAGGGAAGAAACAGGAGGAAAAUAAGGAGGGGAAGAGGUUGAAGGGGAAAAGAGGGAAGAAACAGGAGGAAAAUAAGCAGGGAAAGGGAUUGAGGGGAAAAAGAGGGAAAAAACAGGAAGAAAAUAAGCAGGGAAAAGGUUUGAAGAAAAAAAGAGGGAAUAAACAGGAGGAGAAUAAGCAGGGAAAGGGAUUGAAGAGAAAAAGAGGGAGGAAGGAUAAAUUUGAGGAUUUGAUGGAUGGCGUUGAGGAGGAGGAGGGAGAUGAGGGCAGGAACUGGGAAGGGGAACAGGGAAGAGCCAAAAUACAGAGAAGCAGCAGCAGCCAGGGAUGGGAGGAUGGGGAAAAAAAGCGGGAAAAGGGGAAAGCGAAGGAAUCCAAGAAAGGGAAAGGGGUUAGAAAGGUAGGAAAGAGGAAAAUGAAGGAAAACUUGCUGCAAGAGGAGCAAGAGAUGGAGAAAGACAAAGAGGGAGAGGAAGGAGUGAGAGGUGAAGAGGAGGAGAGGGUGGGAGAGGGAAGUGAAGAUGGAAAAGGAAUAAAAGAGGAGGAAGAGGUGGGUGAGGAAGAGGAGGAAGGAUUGGGAGAGACUGGGAGUGCAGGGAUGGGGCAGGAGGUGAAGAAGGAGGAGGAGGAAAGGAAGGGAGAUGUUCCAGAGAAAGAGAAGUGGAAAAACAAGGAAGAGCCAGAGGUGGAAACCAAAGAGAUGGAAAAAAAGAGUGAAGAGGAGGAAACUCCAGGGAAAACUGGGGAAGGGAAAUCUAAGGAAGGAGAAGAAAAGAAAAAGGAAGAAAAGCGCAACAAAAAGACUAAAAAACAGAAGGAAGAAGAAAAAGAGGCGAAAAACAAAUGGAAAUGGUGGGAAGAGGAGAAGAAGGAAGAUGGAGUCAAAUGGAUGCAGCUGGAGCACCGAGGGCCCUACUUCGUGCCCCUCUAUGAGCCCCUGCCCGAGGGCGUGCGGUUUUAUUACGAUGGAAAACCCCUGAAGCUGAGCCUGGCCACAGAGGAAAUUGCCACGUUUUAUGCCAAAAUGUUGGAUCAUGAGUACACCACCAAGGAGAUCUUCCAGAACAACUUCUUCCACGACUGGAGGAAGGAAAUGACCUCAGAGGAGCAAGAGAUAAUCAAGGACCUGGACAAAUGUGACUUCAGGGAGAUCCACAAAUAUUUUGUGGACAAAAAUGAGGCCCGGAAAGCACUUCCCAAGGAGGAGAAGCAGAAGCUGAAGGAGGAGGCGGAUAAGAUCCAGGAGGAAUACGGAUACUGCAUCCUGGAUGGGCACCGGGAGAAGAUUGGCAACUUCAAAACGGAACCUCCGGGGCUCUUCCGUGGCCGUGGGGAGCACCCCAAGAUGGGGAUGCUGAAGAAGAGGAUCAUGCCAGAGGAUGUCACCAUCAACUGCAGCAGGGAUUCCAAGAUUCCCGAGCCCCCAGAGGGUCACAAGUGGAAGGAGGUGCGCUGUGACAACACGGUCACCUGGCUGGCCUCGUGGACAGAGAACAUCCAGAACACCUUGAAGUACAUCAUGCUGAAUCCCAGCUCCAAGCUGAAGGGGGAGAAGGACUGGCAGAAAUACGAGGUAGCUCGGCGCCUAAAGGAUGUCGUCCACACGAUCCGGGCUCAGUACAGAAAGGACUGGAAAUCCAAGGAGAUAAAGAAGCAGCAAAGAGCAGUGGCUCUCUACUUCAUUGAUAAGCUGGCCCUGCGAGCUGGGAAUGAGAAGGAGGAAGGGGAGACGGCGGACACGGUCGGGUGCUGCUCGCUGCGCGUGGAGCACAUCCAGCUGCACGCCCAGCUGGACGGGCAGGAGCACGUGGUGGAGUUUGACUUCCUCGGGAAAGACUCCAUCCGCUACUACAACAAAGUGUCCGUGGAGAAGCCGGUGUUCAAGAACCUGCAGCUCUUCAUGAAGAACAAGGACCCCACCGACGACCUCUUUGACCAGCUCACUACAACCUUCCUGAACAAACACCUCCAGCACCUCAUGGACGGAUUGACGGCCAAAGUCUUCAGGACCUACAACGCUUCCAUCACCCUGCAGGAGCAGCUCAAGGCCCUCACCAACCCCGAAGACAACGUUGCAGGAAAGCUCCUGUCCUACAACCGAGCCAACCGAGCCGUGGCCAUCCUGUGCAAUCAUCAGAGGUCUGUACCAAAGACCUUUGCCAGGUCCAUGCAAGUCCUCCAGGAAAAGAUUGAUGCCAAGAAGAAACAAGUGGAGGAAGCCCAGGAAGAAGUGAAAAAAGCUGAAGAUGAGUUUAAAGAAACCAAAGAUGCCAAAGCAGAACUCAACGUGGAGAAGAAGACGAAGCUGUUGAAGAGGCUGGAGGAGCAAUUGGCCAAGCUGAACGUGCAGGCCACGGACAAGGAGGAGAACAAGCAAAUAGCUCUGGGCACAUCCAAGCUGAAUUACCUGGAUCCCAGGAUUAGUGUGGCUUGGUGAGCCUGGGGUGUGAAAUCACAGAAUGGUUUGGGUUGGAAAGGACCCUAAAAUUUGUGGUGUUCAAUGGGUAGAGACCCCUCCCACUAUUCCAGGUUGCUCCAGGCCCCAUCCAGCCUGGCCGUGGAGACUUCCAGGGAUGCAGUGGAGAGGACCCUGCUGGGUAACUGGUCCCCACUUGUGUCUUGUGGUCUGCACAGGUGCAAGAAAUUCGGGAUUCCCAUCGAGAGGAUCUACAACAAGACCCAGAGGGAGAAGUUUGCCUGGGCCAUCGACAUGGCUGGCGAGGACUUUGAAUUCUGAGCUGGUGCCUUCCGUGUUAAAUCCCAAAUCCUGCUCAUUUGGUGCUGUUGAGAAGCUUUUUUUUUUUCUUUAACUUGCUGCUGCUUGGGGCUGAGGGUUCUCUGAGUUUGGUGCCUUUUUUUUUGUAUGGAAAAGCAAACACCCGGAUUUCCAAUUGAAAACAGGUAUUGCUGUUUGGGAUUUGGGACUUUGAGAACUCCUAAUUCCUCUUCAGAGUUGCCAAGAACUUGGGAUUUUUUUUUUUUCUUUCUCCCUCUGUAGUCUUGGAAGGAGAUUAAAUAAGAGCCUUAAUUGUGCUGAUCAACAAGAUCAGGUCUAAUCCUGUCUCCUUGGGGUGGUGGAGCUGUGCUGCCCUUCCCAGACUGGAUGGGGUGGAUGGGGAAACACGAGGUGAUGACAGCAG